UUGGAUUCUAACUUCUAAGUGCUAAAGGGGGAAAUACAAUACUCGUCUUUGCGUACGAAACAAACACUAGCUUCUGUAUAUUACUGCUUCCUUCUUUUCUUUCUCUUUUGAAAUAAUCAAGCAAGUUCAUGAGUGUUAAUAUGGAAGACGGUAGAGUAGUGAUGAGUAGUAGUAGUGAGUAUACACAAGAUGGUAGUGUGGAUCUUAAAGGAAACCCUGUUCUCAAAUCCAAAAGGGGUCGCUGGAAAGCUUGCUCCUUUGUUGUCGUAUACGAGAUAUUCGAAAGGAUGGCAUAUUAUGGAAUAUCAUCAAAUCUGAUAUUGUAUCUGACAAAGAAGCUUCAUCAAGGAACUGUUACAGCUUCGAAUAAUGUAACAAACUGGGUUGGCACCAUUUGGAUUACUCCCAUAUUUGGUGCCUACAUUGCCGAUGCUCAUCUUGGUCGCUAUUGGACCUUUCUCGUUGCCUCUAUCAUCUAUCUCUUGGGUAUGUCUCUACUGACAUUGUCAGUUUCCCUUCCAAGCCUAAAACCACCUCAAUGCCAUGAAGCUGAUGUAACAAAGUGCGAAAAGGCCUCAACACUUCACCUAGCUGUAUUCUAUGGUGCACUUUACACUCUAGCAUUGGGAACAGGUGGGACCAAACCCAACAUUUCCACCAUAGGUGCUGACCAAUUUGAUGACUUUGACCCAAAAGAAAAGAGCCACAAACUCUCCUUCUUCAAUUGGUGGAUGUUCAGCAUCUUCAUUGGGACCCUCUUUGCAAACACUGUCCUUGUGUAUAUACAAGAUAACGUAGGGUGGACUUUAGGGUAUGGUCUUCCAACUCUUGGCCUUGCAUUAUCAAUUAUGAUAUUUUUUGCAGGGACACCCUUCUAUAGACACAAAUUGCCUUCAGGGAGUCCCUUCACUAGAAUGGCCAAGGUCAUUGUGGCUUCUAUAAGGAAAUGGAAUGUCAUUGUUCCUAGUGACCCUAAAGACCUAUAUGAGCUUGAUUUAGAAGAGUAUGCAAAGAAUGCGAAAGUCAGAAUUGACUCAACUCCAACAUUGAGGUUUCUGAACAAAGCAUGUGUGAAUACUGGUUCAAGUCAUAAUGCAUGGAUGCUAUGCCCUGUUACACAAGUGGAGGAGACAAAACAAAUGCUUAGAAUGAUCCCAAUCUUAGUUUCCACAUUUGUCCCUAGCACAAUGGUUGCUCAAAUCAACACCCUUUUUGUGAAACAAGGAACAACACUUGAUAGAGCCAUUGGAAGAAGCUUCAGUAUCCCCCCAGCAAGUUUAGGUGCAUUUGUGACACUCUCAAUGCUCAUAUGUGUUGUGAUCUAUGACCGUUUCUUUGUGAAGAUUAUGCAAAAGUUAACCCACAAUCCAAGAGGAAUUACCCUUCUUCAAAGAAUGGGAAUUGGACUGGUAAUUCACAUUGUGAUUAUGGUAAUUGCAUUUUUAACUGAAAGGUAUAGGCUUAGUGUUGCAAAAGAACAUGGAUUGGUCCAAAACGGAGGACAAGUUCCACUAAGCAUAUUCAUAUUGCUACCUCAAUUUGUGCUUAUGGGAACUGCUGAUGCAUUUUUAGAGGUUGCAAAGAUUGAGUUUUUUUAUGACCAAGCACCAGAGAGCAUGAAGAGUUUAGGCACUUCUUAUUCCAUGACAUCAUUAGGAAUUGGGAAUUUCCUUAGCACUUUUGUUCUCUCAACAGUUUCACACAUCACCAAGGAACAUAGCAGUGAACACAAAGGCUGGAUUUUGAACAACUUGAAUGCUUCCCAUCUUGAUUAUUAUUAUGCACUUCUUGCAGUGCUCAACUUCUUGAACUUGAUCUUUUUCUUGGUUGUUGUGAAGUUCUAUGUCUACAGAGCUGAAGUUUCUGAUUCCAUAAAACAUCUUGCCGAAGAAUUGAAGGAAAAGAAAGCUGUUGUGUCAAACCAAGUCAUACCAAGAGAUUAAUUUCGUGAUAUGGAUGUUUGAAAUGUGGAAGAGAAAACAACUAGCUAAAAUGGAUUAGUUCAGAAUAUACAUAAUGUAUUUGAGUUUGAUAUAUUCAGUCUAAUUUAUAACAUAAUCACCUUGUUUGGGU